CUUUAUAUCUUUCUUCUCUUCCACUCAACUCUCAUCAUCUAUCUUUCCUUUCCUUUCCUUUCCUUUCCUUUCCUUUCCUUUCUCAUCUCCAAGUUUUUCAUCCUUAUUUUCCCUUUUUUUCUUUCCCCUUUAAAGAAAAAAAAACAUUUUUAUUUUUAUUUUUCCAUAAUUUUUGUGUUCAUAAUUACCCUCAAUCCAUGGUUUUCUCUUCAGUUCCCGUGUUCCUUGAUCCACCCAAUUGGCCUUCUCAGCAACCAAAUCAGCUCCAAGUAAGUGGUUGCGAGACCAAUAAUGCUCAACACCUUCCACCUCCGGCACCAUCAGCUAAUGGUGGCAGCGGUGGAGGCAGCGGAGGAGGCGGUGGAGGUGGUGGCGGACCUGGAUCAAUUAGACCAGGGUCAAUGACGGAUCGAGCUAGGUUAGCAAAGAUACCACAACCGGAAGCAGGGUUAAAGUGCCCUAGAUGUGAAUCAACAAACACAAAGUUUUGUUACUUCAACAACUAUAGUCUCACUCAGCCUCGCCACUUUUGCAAGACGUGCCGCCGGUAUUGGACAAGAGGUGGAGCGAUGAGGAACGUACCGGUUGGAGGCGGGUGUCGGCGGUCUAGUAAGAGAAGUAGCAAAGGAGGAAGCAAUAAUAGGUCAAAAUCACCAGGAGGAUCAAGCACUUCAACAAGCACAGUAUCAUCAAAUAGUUGUACAACAGAUAUAAUUAGCCAACAAUUAGCUCAUCAUCAUCAUCCUCCUCCAACAACCCAUUUGCCCUUUUUCUCUCAAAAUUUACACCAUCUUAGUGAAUUUGGAAACCUUGGUUUAAAUUUUGAAGCCCUUCAUAUCCCUAAUUCACUCCCAUCAUCAGCUGAAUCAUCCUCAGUUUUAUCAAGUGGAAUUAUUUCAGAUCAUCAUCAAUGGAAAAUACCCCUUUUUGGAAAUUUACAUCAACAAAAUGGGAUUUAUUCAAACUUCAUGGCUGAUCAAGAUCAUCAUCAUCAACAACAAACAGCUGAUUUCACAAAUUAUCAAAGGUUGUCAAAGCCAUUAUUGGAAAAUGGAUUCAAUCACCAAUUGGAGAAUAUUAAUAUCAAUAACAAUAACAAUAGUAUGAAAAUCUUGGAGGAUACACAAGGGGUUAACAAUUUGUCAAGAAAUUUUCUUGGAAUUCAUCCAAAUGAAGAUCAAUUCUGGAAUUCUACAACAACAACAACAACAGCUGGAAAUAUUGGAUGGAGUAGUGAUCAAAUUUCAGAUCAUUUCAACUCUACUUCUUCCACUACUCAUCUUUUGUAAUUUGGGGUUUCAAAUUUUAAUUAUUCCUAAUCUUAGAACCAAUCCAACCUUUUACAAAAAAAAAAAAAAAAAAAAAUUAACACUUUGGGGGUUUAAUUUUAAUUUUAUUUCUUUGUAUUUCUUUUUUUUUUUUUCUAUUGUUGUUUAAUUUGUAUUACAGGGGUUGAAAGAGAAUGAGAAAAGCCAAGCUGAGAAAUUCAGGCUUCAAAAUUCUAACAUGUGAUUACACAACAGCAUCAAGAGAUGGAUGUGGGGGAAGAAAUUAAGGUGAAUGAAAUUUCAGAAAUUAGGAAAAAAAAAAACAAAAAGAAAUACUUUAUGAGGGGUUUUUAGAAAAUAUUCUGAUGAUCAAGGGGGUGAUGAUCAAAAUAUUAGAGUAUGGUAGGGGUUAAUAUGUUAGUUACUUUUGUUGAGGAGGGUUUUCAUUGUGUUAUUAUUAAUAUAUUUUUUUUCUUUCAUUUAUUUUAAUGUGGGGUUUUGAUUUUAAUUGGGGACUUUUGUUAUAUUAUGUAAUGUGAAGUUUGAUAUUAUCUGACCCUAAUUCUCUCAUUGUGAAAUCA